AAUGCCCUUAAAUCCUCCGCAAUAUCCGCGUUCCGUUCCGGAUGUCCAUUGCCACCCGACCUUAGCUGAUCCACUAAAUUUAGAGGAAUUAGUUGGAAUGUAUCCAGGUCAAAUAGGAUUAACAGUUCGAUUAAAAUUGAAUUCUUUAGAGUUGCAUUUGUAUGACCCAAAGGAAGAUAACCCAAACUACAAUGAGAGACCUCUUAUUUGGCUUAGAACCAAAAGUAUUCACUUAGGUUUGAUAACAGACGAUGCGCAAUACAGAAAUAAGACCCUUAUCCAGAGACUAUUAGUCGAUCCAAAUUUUGGAAAGAUAUCAAGACGAGCCAGUAUUUAUCCGUCUGCCAUAUCGAUUUCGGAGAGUAGGUUGGCCAGUAGCGAUUUCGACUCGAGAGGACAGAAUAGUUUAACCUCUUUAACAGAAAUAGACAAUAGUAAAAUUCUCCAUACGGGGAAUUCAAUUAAAGGAAUAUUACGUACAAAAUCGUUACCUUCAUUAAGUGAAGUGAUUGAACACCAGCCGACGAAAUUAGAGAGUUUUAGAGGGAAAUUAAACAUUCCCCAGCCUGGUUUACCUGUAAGAAAACCAUUAACGGACACCCUACAAACACUAGGUUACAUAAGAAACAAUAUGGGUCUUAAAUCGGCCCUUACAGCGAUUGGAAAAAGUGAAAUAGGUCUCUUCCAAAAGAAAAUAUAA